ACCAUGGCUGACAGAGCUGCUGCGGAAAGGGCUUGUAAAGACCCCAACCCCAUCAUCGACGGCAGGAAAGCCAACGUCAACCUGGCCUACCUGGGUGCCAAGCCAAGGAUAAUGCAGCCAGGUUUUGCCUUUGGUGUCCAGCAGCUCCAUCCAGCUCUCAUACAGAGGCCUUUUGGGAUCCCUGCUCACUAUGUCUAUCCACAGGCUUUUGUGCAGCCGGGAGUGGUAAUUCCCCACGUUUCGGGGCGCCCCCCCGCGGCCGCCGCUGCUUUCGGGCAGUACCAACCCCAACAGCUGCAGGAGCUUUUAAGGAAAAAGCGAUGCUAUUGCGAAACUAAAAGCCGCGGCCGCCGCUGCUUUCGGGCAGUACCAACCCCAACAGCUGCAGGCAGACCGUAUGCAAUAGCAGCUGGACUCCUGAAGGAAGCUCGCUCUUUCUCUUCCUCUUUUCAGCCUUCCAGUAUAAGUAGUUAA